CCCUCCUCCUUCCUCUCUUUCUCCCGACCUCUGACCAUGGCCGAGCAUCAACAGCUGCAUCUCCAAAUCAAAGAAGUCCAAGAACAAGAAUCCCCCAAACAUGCAACUGGAAUAACCAAACAACCCCACAGAAGACUCGAACACUGGCAAUGGUGGUUCAUGGUAGCACUCAACAUCACAUUCAUCCUCUCUGGUCAAACCGUAGGCGCUCUCCUCCUAAGAUUCUACUACAACGAAGGUGGAAAUAGCAUUUGGAUGGCCACUUUCGUCUCAACCGCAGCCUUCCCGAUCCUCCUCAUCCCCCUCUUCCUCUAUCGCUUCCUUAACACUCCUUCCAAAACAACAACAACGACAACAACAGCGGCGAGAGUGCCGCCUUCCUUUUUCACCCUCGCAGUCAUCUAUAUUUCUUUCGGCCUACUAAUGGCAGGCUAUAAUGUAAUGUACUCAUAUGGACUCUUGUAUCUCCCAGUCUCUACCUACUCACUCAUUUGUGCGACCCAGCUCGCUUUCAAUGCCGUCUUCACUUACUUCUUCAAUUCACAGAAGUUCACUCCACUCAUAUUCAACUCCAUAGUCAUUCUCACCUUCUCUGCGUCUCUCCUGGCGGUCGGUUCCGAUUCCGAGGGUCCCAACGGGGUGUCCACCGCGAAGCAUGUGAUCGGAUUCCUAUGCACUGUGGGUGCGUCUGCCGGCUUCGCGCUCUGGCUAUCCCUCACCCAACUCUCAUUCAAGAAGGUCCUCAAGAGGGACACAUUCGAUGUAGUGCUCGAGAUGCAGCUCUACACGUCGGCUGUUGCUUCCUGUGCGUCCGUUGUUGGCCUCUUUGCGAGUGGGGAAUGGAGACGGCUGGAAGGGGAGAUGGUUGGGUUUGAUAAGGGAAGGGUGGCCUAUUUGAUGACCUUGGUUUGGACGGCUGUGGCUUGGCAGGUUUGCAAUGUGGGGAUGGUGGGGCUGGUCUUUGAAGUUUCCUCACUCUUUACAAAUGUGAUUGGGGCCGCGGGAUUGCCGAUUGUACCAGUCCUUGCGGUGGUGUUCUUCCAUGACAAGAUGGAUGGGGUGAAGGUUGUAUCUUUGCUGAUGGCUGUUUGGGGAUUUCUAUCAUACAUCUAUCAGCAUUAUCUUGAUGGUUGCAAGUCUGAUGGUGCUAUUGCUUGA